AUGUUCACAAUGUGCAAAGGCUAUGUCAAGUACCUUGAGAGCCUCUACAAAUUUGGGAAGCCCAUCGUAGAUGUUUCUGGAAUUUCCAAGACCAAAUAUGCCCUAACAACCAAAGCUAUUCUUGCAGUGGAAGCUAGUAUUAGCGGGCUUCGUCAUAUUCAAAAUGUAAUCUCAAAGAUCUCAGCCAAACAUAAUUACAAGGCUGAUGCUAGCAUCAGCUUUCGUGAAUCAAAUAAGAUUAGUGAUGCUAUACUGUAUUUCAGGAGUUCGAUCACGGAUUUCAUGGAUCUAGUUAACGAUUUUGAGGAACAGAAGCUGAACAAAGUUGCUCAUCAUGCAAGAGCUCUUGAAGAACGAAGAGAAUUAACCAAAUAA